AUGUUUCAGUGUGAAAAGGAGAGAGUGGCAUCUCGGGCUGCAGAGGACAAACCCCAUGAUUCCAGACACCAGUAUCGUGGACCCCUUCCCCAUACACACACCAAACCCUGCGCACCGUCUGCAGAAGGCCAGCGUGCCAAAGUUGCGGUCGAUGGUGGCCAGGAGGGCCUUGGCGCGGGGCAGGCGCAGGGGUACGUGGCCCACCUCGAAGUUCUUCAUGUAGUGGCUGACCUCCAGGUCCUCGCGCACGUAGCCCUUGCCCGUGGAGCCAAAGGUCUCGAUGGCGAAGAACUCGCCCUCCUCCAUGCGAGUGGCCUCGCCGCCCUUAACGAUGGGCACGCUCUUGCCGCCGUGGAUGCGGUAGGGCGAGAUGCUGUGCCCGUUCAGGUUGCGCACCGCGCGAACGGGGAAGGUGCGGCCGUCCAGCUCCACCUCGUACGACUCCAUGACCUCCUGCACCUCCGCGCCGAUGUCGCAGAGCCUGACGUCCACGCCCGCGGCGCGGAUGCCGGCGUCGGUGGCCGCGCGCACCGCGUCGAGCAGCGGCGCGUAACGCGGGUUGUGCGCCACGGUGAAGGCGCAGUCGAUGAUGCGGCCGUUGAUCUGCGUGCCAAAGUCCACCUUCAUCACGUCGUCGUAUCCCAGCACCGUCUUGUCCCCGGCGUUGGGGGUGUAGUGCGCCGCCACAUGGUUCAGGGAGCAGCCGGUGGGGAAGGCGAUGCCCGCCGCCAGGCCCCGCUCCUCGAUCAUCAGCCGCACUGGGGGUCGAUUGGUGUGGAGGAAGGGGUGGGUGGGUGA